AUUUUAUCCAUCGUGGGUUUAACUUAAAGUUCGUAAAAAAAAAAUAUUCUUUUCUUGACGAGCACCUGACCCGUGACAGGGCAUGCUUAGCUAUAGUCAGUCUCCUUUGGCACAGCACAAAAGCCUCACUUUCAACUUUCCCUUUGUGAAAAAAAUAUGAGAACCCUUUGGCAAACCUAUACAAAGAAACCCAGUUAUUCGCCUUGAGAUUUGAGAUACCAAUUUGAAUGCUUUCAGAAAACAAGAAAAAACAAGCAUCAAACCAGUUUUUUAGCUUCAUUUUUCAUCAAUGGCAACAAGAACGUAUAUGGAAAUGGAAAAAUCACUCUCAGCCAUCAUAUUUAUGUGCUUUUUUUGCCCAGCCAUUGGUUUGCUCUCACCCAAAGGUGUGAACUUUGAAGUGCUAGCUUUGAUGAGCAUAAAAUCUGAACUAAUUGAUCCUCGUGGGGUGCUUGAUAAUUGGGAUGCAAAUGCAGUUGAUCCAUGUAGCUGGGCUAUGAUUACUUGUUCAAGUGAUAACGUUGUUAGUGGCAUAGGAACUCCUAGUCAGAAUUUGUCAGGCUCUCUAUCUCCAAGUAUUGGGAAUUUGACAAAUCUUCAGUUUAUAUUAUUACAGAACAAUAACAUAACAGGACCAAUCCCAGCUUCAAUUGGAAAUCUCGUAAAUCUCAAAACACUUGAUCUAUCAGACAAUUUCUUCACUGGCAGCCUUCCUAGUUCUUUAGGACAAUUGAAAACUCUUCAAUAUAUGAGGCUCAACAACAACAGUCUCUCUGGAGGGAUUCCAAUGUCACUAACUGACAUGACAGAACUUUCUCUUAUGGACUUAUCUUACAACAACUUGUCUGGCCCAGUGCCUAAGUUCCCUGCCAAAACAUUCAAUCUUAUUGGAAACCCGAUGAUAUGUCUCACGGGCUCCGAGGCACCGUGUGCCGGCAGCGUGACACUGAUGCCAACAUCCAUGAAUAUGAAUACUUCUCAAUCUACUCUUUCUUCAACCAAAUCAAAACGUCGCAAUCUUGGUAUCGCAAUUGGAUCGAGCCUUGGUUGCAUUUGUCUACUUAUCUUUGUAUUCGGACUUUUCUUGUGGAGAAGAUAUGGACACGAGCAGCAAAAAUUCUUCGAUGUUUAUGACCGUCAACAUGAGGAAAUCUCGGAAAUCUCGCUCGGGAACUUGAGGAGGUUCCAAUUAAGGGAACUUCAAAUAGCAACAAACAACUUCAGCUCGAAGAACAUUUUAGGAAAGGGCGGUUAUGGUAAUGUGUACAAGGGUCACUUGUCAGACGGCACGGCCGUGGCCGUGAAGCGGCUCAAGGACGGCAGCACGGCCUGCGGUGAGCGGCAGUUCCAAACGGAGGUGGAGAUGAUUAGCUUAGCUGUCCACCGUAACCUCCUAAGGCUGUACGGUUUUUGCAUGACGGCCCACGAGAAGCUUCUCGUGUACCCUUACAUGGCCAAUGGCAGUGUUGCGACACGUCUCAAAGCAAAACCGGUUUUGGGGUGGCCCGCGAGAAAGCGGAUUGCAUUGGGGGCCGCAAGGGGGCUUCUUUACCUGCACGAGCAAUGCGACCCGAAGAUAAUCCACAGGGACGUGAAGGCAGCGAAUAUUCUGCUCGACGAGUGUUGUGAGGCUGUGGUGGGUGAUUUUGGGCUGGCGAAGCUUCUGGACCACCAGGACUCGCACGUCACGACAGCUGUAAGGGGCACCGUGGGCCACAUUGCACCCGAGUAUCUCUCAACGGGCCAGUCGUCUGAGAAGACUGACGUGUUCGGUUUCGGGAUUCUCCUACUCGAGCUAAUCACGGGACAAAGGGCGUUGCAGUUUGGAAAAUCGGCUAAUCAGAAGGGGGCCGUUCUUGAUUGGGUGAAGACACUACACCAAGAGAAGAAAAUCGACGAUCUUGUCGAUAAGGACUUGACGAACAACUUUGACCGGAUUGAGGUGGAGGAGAUGGUCCAAGUGGCGCUUUUGUGCACUCAAUAUCUUCCCGGGAUGAGGCCGAAAAUGUCCGAAGUGGUUCGAAUGCUCGAAGGGGAUGGUCUUGCCGAGAGAUGGGAGGCUUCGCAGAGAUUGGAUUCUCACAAGUUCAAGACACAAGAGCUUUCAUUGUCCGAACGAUAUUCGGACCUCACGGAUGAUUCUUCGUUGCUUGCGCAAGCAAUCGAACUAUCUGGUCCUAGGUGAAACCGAAAAUCGAAAACCGAAACGAAAGAUCGAGGAACUUCUCUCAAAGGGAGAGGUUCAUAUAGAAUGAUAGUUGAAGGUUAUGAAACUUGGAGCAUGUUUUUGGUUAUUAAUAUUAUUUUAUUUAUAUAGUAGCAUUUUGGUACAUAGUUUAUGGUUUUUUUGUUAGACUAGUUGAUUUGAUUGUGAUGAAAACAUAACUGGUNCUUUCGUCCUUGUGUGUU